ACUCUUGCUUUGACAGGCAAAGUGGCCAGAAAGGCAAGGACACACAGCUAGACAUUUCCCCCUGUUUGGUAGCAAUCGAUACAAUCACUUACACCACCAAGAAAACACGACCAGCUCAAAGCAAUUUUCUCAAGGUGAGAGGCCAAAGAAACAACAAAAUUGCCAGUAUCAGAAGCCUCAAUUCCCAAUGUAAGGAUUCCCAAGGUUGUACAGAAAGUAAUGAAUAUCAAUUCUGCUGCAAUAUUAUUUACCUCCUAGGAGAAAACACUCUCCAGCUCACACUCAGGCUCAAAUGACCAAAACUUCACAGGGAAGAAAAAUGCAAGGCAGAAAGCAAAUCAGGGAAAGAGGUCUGUUCAGCAGCAAUAUCUGUGUCACAUACCUCAUUUCUCUUUAGCACCCUGCUGUGGGAAGCUUGGCAGAAAUGAAGAUGGUCUCGGUGCUGCUGCUGCUGCUGAGCAGCCUCCUGGGUACCCCCGCGGUGCCUUCCCAGCGCCCUUCUUGUUACAAGAGGGCCCUCAAGGACCACAGCUGUCACACCAUCCCCGAAAGCAAGGAGAACCUCCGACACAUCCACGAUGGUCUGCGAGAUCACUUCUGGGAAGGGAAGGGCUGUGAGGUGAUCUGUUACUGCAACUUGAAUGAAUUGCUCUGCUGCCCGAAGGAUAUUUUCUUUGGACCAAAGAUAUCUUUUGUGAUCCCCUGCAACAGUCAAUGAUUCAAGUCUGCAAAUGAAGAUAACAGACAUCAUUCUACGAUCAUGUAAUAAAGUUUUCAAGGGAAAAAACAGAACUACCAACAAAAAAAAAAAAUCCUUUCUAACCACAAGUCAUUGCCUCACUUUACACUGCAGAAAGAAUUUCCUUUCUAUACCUUUAUGGGAUAUCAAAUAUUCAAGAAGUUUUCUUUUCAAAUCCAAUAGCUGAGACAAUUUCCAUAAAACCAUUUCCAUGGUUUAACAGACUGUACAAGCUCUUAAUGUAUCCCAAUAGGCAUUCCCCAGGAAAAAAGCAUAACUCUUCUUACUUAGCACAAUAUCCUUGGCUAGUAUGGACCAAGAAACUUCAAGCUUAAGUCUUCAUGUUGUUAGGAACAUGACUCUCAGAGCAACUUAUGGCAGUGAAGCUUCCUAUUCCAUUAUUGCCAUCACACUUUUAAUGCUGUUUUAACCUGAAGCCACUCAGUUCCUGGCACUUGGGGAGAGAGGCUCUCAUGUUCUCUUUAGGCAUCUUAAAAUACAUGCACAUAUAAAACACAUCUAUUUCCAUAUUCACUGGAAUAAAAGAAAUAUUAAAAGUUGACAUUAACAGUACUAAAGCACACUUGGGUCUUAUGUUUAACUGAUCACCUGCCUUGACUAUGCAGUCUCAAAACCCUUAAACUGCUUAAUCUUAGCACUGAACGUCUAAAAAUAUCAGAACAACAGGUUUUUUAAUCAAGCUGUUUGAAAUACAGUACCACAAAAUUAAGUUAAAAUGCUGGCUUUUGUAGGCUAGCCCUGUAAGGCAAUAGCUACAGAACACACAGAGAUAAUCAUCUGAAUUUUUAAGAGGUAUUGUGAUAGAUAUGUAUCUAUGAGCUUGCAGAUACAAAGAGACAUAAAUUUUUGACCAUUUUUGUUAUAUGGCAAUCUGUAUUGGCAGGUGCUGAGAGGUGACCACAUCAUUUUAAGCAGAGUAACCUGAACAAGCCAGGCUUACAGGCAGCAAGCCUGACUUGCUGCCUUACACGUAUAAACUCUUUAGCUAUCAAGUCAGUCACAUGGGAAGUGUGCAGUACUGAAGGAACUGUGCAGUCCUGUCUACUCCAAAAAUGCAGUGUUCAUCUCAGCCUUACACACUGAACCAAACUGCUACCACCAGUUUACCAUACUUACUUCAUGUGUCAGUAUGAAAUAUCAUGACUGUUUUUCUUCUUGUUAGUAAACAAGGGUUGGAUAUUGGGUGAGGGGAUGAUUAUACACAGCCAAUAAUAAAUGUUUCAAGUAAAUCUGUGUAUUAUUUUUGCCCUAAUGACUGUUAAACCGUUUGCACCACCAGGCUUUUCAAGCCUCAUUUGUGUAAUUAUUCAAGCAAAUUAGAGUAAUUUGGACUUCCUACCAAAUAACCAA